CGCAGCUCUGUAGAAAACAGCUGUUCAUCUCUGCGACUGCAGUACUACAGAUCAACCAGCAGAGGGAGCCUCUCAUUCCUGAAGCAGAAUAUAGAGGAGGAGGUGUGCGGCACCUUAUAAAACUUUAAAUACUCACUUAAGAGGAGUUCUUCUUAUGCUGCUGUAGAACCUAAAUAUCCGGGCAUGAGUGAAGAGGGUCCAUGGACAGACUGUUGCGCCGUUAGCCGUGAUGUAAUGGGCGGUCCUGGCUGCGCGUGAAGCACAGCAGGCCAUCGAUCACACCCAUUGAUCCUCACGGAGCUGCGGGCCGGCACAUGUUAGAUAAGCAGCUGUUGAUCUGGGUUCUGGCGGAGAAGCAGCUGCAGGAGAGGCGCGCAGGAGUCCAGCAGGUAGGAGGAGGGUUUGGCGCUCCUCUUUGCAAAUCUGAAUGUGGGGCUUUUGGUGCAAAAAACUGUUUUAUGUUGUGCUUGUUGUGUUUGCAAGUUUUUACAAAAACAAAUCUCUCUAUGUUAUAAAAAUGUGUUUUUCUUGCAAAAUCUUCUGAUUAUGUCAAGAUAAUCAACUUCAUAAAUGAACUAUAACAGAUUUGGUGCAAUUUUUCAAGAUUAUUUUGACAAAUAUUUUCUCUGGACAUGGAUUUUUAGUCGGAUAGCGAAACUAAACUGCUGUUGCAGUAAUUUUUAUUUUAGGAAUUGUCUCUACAUUUUCAUGUGAUGUUUAUUUGUACAUGUACAUGUUUAUAUGUGAGGAGGUGCAGUGCAGCAGGAGUUAAUGAAAGGAAUGUUGGGAAAAAGGAGGAAGGAGGUUUUCCCUUCAUCCCCCUCCUUUCCGUCUCCUUACUUCAGCUUCUCUAAGGACAGCUUCGGGGGUCACCUCAAAGAUGCCGGGGUCUCUUGCCAGUUUUCCCAGCUUGCCACGGGGCAUGACCAUGCCUGCGCUGCUCAGCUCGCUGCCUCGAGGGGUCAACCCUCCCAGUCUACCCAGAGGUAUCACCAUGCUCAAUCUUCCCAGUCUGCCAAGAGGGGUCACCAUACCCAGUCUGUCCAGGGGAGUCACGUUGUCCAGGGUCAUCGCCAUGCCGACCGUGCCCCAGGCUCCUCGCCGGCUGCUGCAGGACUGCUGCUCCGUGUUCGACCAUCAGACAGCUUCAGGUCUUUGUGGUUGCUGCUGGGCGUUGCGUCCUCGCUACAAGCGGCUAGUUGACAACAUUUUCCCAGAAGACCCCGAGGAUGGGCUGGUUAAGGCAAAUAUGGAGAAGCUAACCUUCUUCGCUCUAUCUGCUCCGGAAAAACUGGACCGAAUUGCUGCAUAUCUGUCUGAACGUCUGACCAGAGAACUGAACCGCCACCGCUACGGAUAUGUCAGCAUAGCCAUGGAGGCAAUGGAGCAGCUGCUGCUCGCCUGUCACUGCCAGAGCAUCAACCUGCUGGUGGAGAGCUUCCUAAGUACGCUGCGUCUGCUGCUGGAAGCCGACAAGCCACACCUCCACAUCCUCGCCACCAACUCAUUUUUGAAGUUUGCCAAUAUUGAAGAGGACACACCUUCAUACCAUCGCAGCUACGACUUCUUCGUGUCUCGCUUCAGUGAGAUGUGUCACUCUGACCACCACGACCCCAACACCAAACUCAAGAUCCGUGUGUCUGGGAUUCGUGGCCUGCAAGGCGUGGUCAGAAAAACGGUGGACGACGAGCUUCAGGCUAACAUCUGGGAGCCCCGUCACAUGGAACAGAUCGUCCCCGCCCUGCUGGUCAACCUGCAGCCGCAUGGCAACAGCAGCAGUUCUCCUGCAGAGCAGACGGAGGUUUGUUUCAGAGAGCUGCUUGGCCGAGCCGCGUAUGGACACAUCAACAACGCCAUCAGGCCCGUGCUCAUGCACCUUGACAGCCACAGUCUGUGGGAAGGACGAGGAUUCGCUGUUCGCUGUUUUCAAAUAAUAAUGUACUCUAUUCAGUCCCAGCACUCCCACCUGGUGAUCCAGCAGCUGCUGGGUCACCUCGACGCCAACAGCAGAAGUCCAGCCUCAGUUCGGGCGGGGAUCGUGGAGGUUCUGUCUGAAGCCGCUGUCAUAGAAGCGGCUGGAUCUGUGGGUCCCACUGUGCUAGAAGUGUUUAACACCUUACUGCGGCAGCUCAGGCAGAGCGUCGAUUACCAGCUGACGGGUUACUACGACAACGCUAGGAAACACAAAACCACCUCACCCGAGGAGAAGAUGUUGCAGGACGCCGUCAUCAAAACCAUUGGAUCCUUUGCCAACACACUUCCUGUUUACCAGAGGUCAGAGGUCAUGCUCUUCAUCAUGGGAAGGAUUCCCGUUCCUGGCAUUUACCCUGCUCUAGGGUCACCCAAUGCAGGGUUUGAAGGCAGCAGGAUGAUUCAGGUGAUGCUGCUCAAGUCUCUCCUCCAGGUUUCUGAGCCUUACGAGAGCAACAAUCUGCUGACGGCGCUGCCCUCCUCCUUCCUUGAGCCUCUGCUGUCUUUCACUCUGAUGGAGGAUCCUGAAAUCCGUCUGCUGGUUUUGUCCAUCCUUACCUCACUCAUCGACCGCCGCCACAAUGCCUGCAGGCUCAUCUCAACCAGUGCAGCAUUCGAGGUGUCAGCUCUGGAACUGAAGGAGGAUGAAUGCUCUCGACAGGAUAACCUGUUCAUAAGGAAGCACGCUCAGCGCCUCUACAGACACGUCUUUCUAGCCUCUAAGGAGGAGAGCAGUGGACACAACCACUACCGAGCGCUCUUCACCCUGUUGGGCGUUCUCGGUGUGGAGCUGGCCAACGAGGAGGUGCUGGUGGAUCUAAUUCGACUGGUUCUGGCUAUGCAGGAACUGGCGCUGUCCAGUCAGGAAAAUUUGUCAGUGUUCAACCGCUGCGGCAUUCAUGCCGUCUGCUCCGCCUCCCUCAACUUGCUGUCACAGCUCGGGCCACCUCCAGCGCUCCGCCAGCAUGUCGCAGAGGUCACAGAAACUCGUCAGAAGGAGGCUCCAUACCUGCUGCCUGACCACAUUUUGUGUGAAAAACCCAGGAUUCCAGAAAAAGAGCUGAAGAUGGAUGAAGCUAUUCUCUUUAAAGCCUCCAAAAUCUGCGAGGCUCUGGCAGGAAGCAGCUAUAGCACUCAUUCUGAACGUAUCAACAUGCCAUACACGCCUGAGCUGACAGAUGAGGAUCGUCUGUCCAGGAGGAAGAGUAUUGUCGAUGCCGUGUCUUUGCAGAUGGACAUGGAGUUAAACUGUUGUGCUGAUGCUCCACAGAAACCUCAGAGUGAGCAGAUCACCUUUGAGACACUAAAGAGUGCCGUUGAUGAUAGAGGGAUUGCAGAAGAGGAGGAAAGGAAAAGGAUGCAGUUGGUGGAGAAGUUUCAGACUGCACCUUUUGAGGAAAUAGCCGCUCAUUGUGGGGCCAGGACAUCACAGCUUCAGUCUAAACUAAAUCGAGUCUUCGAACUGAUCAUCCGUCCUCCUCCGUCUCCAUCUGGACUUUCUCCUCCUCGCUCCGUACCCAUCUAUGAAAUGAAGUUUCCAGACCUCUGUGUGUAUUAGCCAAACAUUCCACUUCAACAUGGAGUUUAAUUCAGAAGAGCAAAUGUGUAGAUGUUAUGAGAUGUUUGUUUCUCAGUGACACAUCUGUUGUUUUUUCGUGAAGAAUUAAGUUAAUUAAGUUCACGCUCCUUCAGUGUGAUCGAAACAUUUGUGGUUGAAGGUUUUGAAUUUAUUUCCAACAAUGAAACAGCAGUUGUGCAUUUAUUAGUUUAAAACGCUUACAUUUAUAAGAAAAAAAGUCUUAAAUGUAUGACCAAAAAAAAAAAAAAAAAAGUUGUCUGUUUAUCUGAGCUGUGCUUAAAGAUGAAAGAUGUGGAUCGUUUUGUGAAGCUUUAUUUUGGUAUUAGGUUUCAAAAACCAUAAAGUUCUGAACUUUUUGACCACUCAAAAUCAAAUCAUUGUUAGUGUAGCAGACUUUACGGACAGCCCCACCCCAAUGUCCCCAUGUGUAAAAUAAGGAGCUCAGCGAACCGUUUGGGUGUAGAGGACCUUUAUUCUGCCCUUUUCAUUCACAUACACAGAAGUUUCUUUAUCCCCUUACGUCAUGUAACUGUCAUGCGCCGGGGUUCACAUCCUAUCUUAUAAUAAACAAAGACUUACUCAAACACAGUUGUUUUUUUACAUUUCUUAUUUCCAUGUUAUUACCCAACUUCCCUUCAACUUCUCACAUAAAUGUCAUCUCAAAAGCCAUAAACUGGAAGCCAAUUCCUGCAGUGUGUGCUUUUGCUUUUUUUUAAAUCAAGUUAAUGAUUUUGUUUUUUUACCCUAAAGUGAUGAUAUUAAAAUUUUGUUUUUAACUAUUUUGUCACUGUGAUUUAGAGCUCUCUCUCUCUCUUUGGCACAACACCUUGACACCCAAACUGGGGUUGACCCGUUCAGGUGCUGCAGGUUUUUGGGUUGCAUCUUAAGAGGAGCGCAGGUUUGUCUUGCAGUUCCCUUGAGGCUCAUACAAACACUCCAAGGGAGAGACGUCCGAAAAAUGGAACGUACCAUUGUUGUACGGUGCUCUUAUGCCACACUUCACUCAUUAGUAAGGGGCAAAAACUGGUCCCCUUAUUGUCCACGCGCACAGAGUGUGCAUGUGAUCAGUGUCCAUAGGAUGCCAACACAAACUACUAGGGAUGGCCCGUUUGACAUGACGCUUCGGCGCGCAUUUCACCUUCAUGAAGCAGAGUGUUUCACCACAAUGUUUCGGGGCGUGUGUCAACUAGCUCAGAUCACGUGGUGGAUGACGUAGGACGCGCCAAAUGCAUCGUUUGGUCGAACCACGCUUCAGAUGUCACUUGUGUUUUGUACAGUUGGGCGUGCUAUUCUCUAGAAAUGCGAAAUGAAUCCUGAACGUUUCCCGACCAGUUCCAUUGUUUCCCCUGUAUUGGAAUCAGCGUCAGUUCAUUGCACUUUACCAUGGCUCCUGGUAAAAAACGUACUGUGGCUCAGGAUCGUUUCAACUCGAUUUCUCGGAAUAAAACAAUACACUAUGAACAUUGUGUAUA